UCCUCCCCCUACGUUUUACGUCUGUCGGUCAUUGUUCAGCUUGAGCUAGCUUGCUAAUGUGCUAGUGAGAAGCUAGCUAAGACUACAAAGACUUGUUAACUUUUCAUUCAUGCAUAAAAGAUAGUUGGAAGUUCCAACGGAUAUUUGAUCAUUUAGAAACUCAACAAUGAGCAAGAGGAAAGCGCCGCAGGAAUCCCUCAAUGAGGGAAUAACAGACUUUCUUGUCGAGCUGGCCAAUUAUGAGAAGAAUGUCAACAGGGCAAUUCACAAGUACAAUGCUUACAGGAAAGCAGCAUCUACCAUUUCCAAGUACCCUAACAAGAUUAAAAAUGGUGAAGAGGCCAAGAAACUGGAUGGCGUUGGAGCUAAAAUAGCUGAAAAGAUUGAUGAGUUCUUACAAACCGGCAAGCUACGGAAGCUGGAAAAAAUUCGAAAUGAUGACACCAGCUCUUCAAUCAAUUUCCUCACUAGAGUCACUGGAAUUGGCCCUGCUGCUGCCAGGAAGUUUUUUGAAGAAGGGGUGAAGACAUUAGAAGAUUUGAAAAAGAUUGAGCACAAGCUAAACCAUCAUCAACAGAUUGGACUCAGGUAUUUUGAGGAAUUUGAGAAAAGGAUUCCACGAGCUGAAAUGGAACAGAUGGAGACUCUUAUUAUUGAAGAGUUGAAGAAGAUCGAUACAGACUAUAUUGGAACAAUCUGUGGAAGUUACAGGAGAGGUGCAGCAUCCAGUGGUGAUAUUGAUAUUUUGCUGACCCACCCAAACUACACCUCUCAGACUGAGAAACAACCCAAACUCCUCCACGCCGUGGUCGACCAUUUGGAGUCCAUUGGGUUUGUGACCGACACUCUGUCCAAAGGAGACACCAAGUUCAUGGGAGUCUGCCAACUGCAACAGAGUGAUGAAGAUGAGGAGGAAUACCUUCACAGGCGUAUUGAUAUUAGGUUAAUUCCCAAGGACCAGUACUACUGUGGCGUGUUGUACUUCACUGGAAGUGAUAUCUUCAAUAAAAACAUGAGAACUCACGCUCUGGAGAAGGGCUUCACUCUUAAUGAGUACACCAUACGACCACUUGGGGUCACUGGUAUGGCUGGGGAGCCUCUGUUGGUGGAUAGCGAGAGAGACAUCUUUGAGUACAUCCAGUACAGGUACAGGGAGCCAAAGGACCGCAGCGAGUGAAGCACAUCACAGCUUUCAGUUACAUCAGCUUCACUCCAAACAAGACUUUAAGCAUGUUUACAAAUGUGUGUACUCGUGUGGCACUCAUUAAUAUACUAUUCGACUGUGUUAUUGGAAAAAAAAAAAACUAUGAAAGUAAUUUUAACUGUAGUUCUGGACAUUUUUUUCUGUCUUAAGUUAAACUAUUAUUAUGCUCGCCAUCUGUGACAUUUUAAACAUACAUAUGCACAGAAAUGAUCUCUGGUUCAUUUUUCCAUUGUCAAGUUUCUUUGUGAAGGUUUUGGGGCUCAUUUUUAAAAAGCUUUUAAAGUUUUUAAAUCAUGUUCAACAGUACAUUUUACCUCUCGCACUACUUUUUAAUUUAUAUACGACAAAACUAUGGCAUCCCUUUACCACAGUCUACAGACGAGCAGUGUUGAUGUGGCCUGGCUUCUGUUACAGUUACUCCCAUUAUGUUUGUUGCCAAUGUUUUGCAGAUGUUUUUCAGGAAAAUUGUUUUUCUUAACAAUGGCGCCCUUAAACACAAACAGCGUGAUGCAAAGGUGUGCUAAUGUGUUGAUGUUAAACAUUUUGACAACACAGCAGAAUAAACGUUUUCCUCCUUGACUGUGUAAAUUUAAAGUGUGUGACUUUUAAACCAGAAAUAUUUCUGAUCAAGUUUGGGCAAGUUAAUGAAUUUGUGGUUGUACUGUUGUUAAAUUCAAGUGGAUAACAAGGCUGAUGCAAACAGUGUCUAAGGUUGAAAGACUUGACAGUCUUUUUACGGCAGCUUCUGAUUAUGUACAUCCAAUUUGUGGACAAAAUCCUUAUCAUUUUCGGGAGACAAAUGAGAAUAUACAUUUUCCUUAGUUAUUGAUAAUGUGUGAAUAUGACUGUUAUGCUGGUAGUCUUGAUGAAUCUAUUGUAUUUGGUUUUGUGAAAAUGAUUGUGUGUGUUUGUUAGGUCAGAAAAUUACUGUAUCUUCAGGGAAGCCAUAAGGGAAUCGCUCUGAAAAGCAGCAGAUACAAUAACAAAGUCAGAUAACUGUGAAGGAAAUGCUACAGUAUAUUUUGGUGAUACAGAUUUCAAUCUGUAACAAAAAAUUUGAAUAUUAGGCUUAGGAAGUUCAUACAGUUAUGUAUGUGGAUGGUUGUGAAUAAAGAAUUUUAAUAAUGCUUUUUAA